UCGGGGCCAACGGUUCGUGGUCUCGGGUUCGGAACAAAAGUCGCCCAUCGGAAUUUGCUCAGCACAACUCACCGUGGGAGUAAACGAAAACAGAAAAAUAGGAAAACACUCAGAAAGGCGAUUUGGAAAACCCACCGAAAAUGGACAGCACCGAAUUUCGAAAACGUGGCAUGGAAAUGGUGGAGUACAUCUGCAACUAUCUGGAAACGCUGAACGAGCGCCGGGUCACGCCCAGCGUGGAGCCUGGAUAUUUGCGGCACCUGUUGCCAACUGAGGCACCACAGGAGCCGGAGGACUGGGACCAGAUCAUGAGGGACGUGGAGGACAAGAUCAUGCCCGGCGUGACGCAUUGGCAGCAUCCGCGCUUCCACGCCUACUUUCCGGCGGGCAACUCGUUCCCCUCGAUCCUGGGCGACAUGUUGGGCGACGGGAUCGGGUGCAUCGGCUUCUCCUGGGCCGCCAGUCCCGCGUGCACCGAGCUGGAGACCAUAGUGCUCGACUGGCUGGGCAAGGCCAUCGGUCUGCCGGACCACUUUCUGGCCCUCAAGGAGGGCAGCACCGGAGGGGGAGUCAUCCAGACUUCCGCAUCGGAGUGUGUGCUGGUCACGAUGCUGGCUGCCAGGGCACAGGCGCUCAAGAGGCUCAAGGCCCAGCACCCGUUCGUGGAGGAGGGUCACCUGCUGUCCAAGCUGAUGGCCUACUGCUCCAAGGAGGCGCACAGCUGCGUGGAGAAGGCGGCGAUGAUCUGCUUCGUGAAGCUGCGCAUCCUGGAGCCCGACGACGACGCCAGUCUGCGCGGCCAGACGAUCUACGAGGCCAUGGAGGAGGACGAGCUGCAGGGUCUGGUGCCCUUCUUCGUCUCCACCACUCUGGGCACCACGGGCUCGUGUGCGUUCGACAAUCUGCCGGAGAUCGGCAAGCAGCUGCAGCGAUUCCCGGGCGUCUGGUUGCACGUGGAUGCCGCCUACGCGGGCAACAGCUUCAUCUGCCCCGAGCUGAAGCCGCUCCUGAAGGGCAUCGAGUACGCCGACUCGUUCAACACCAAUCCCAACAAAUGGCUGCUGACGAACUUCGAUUGCUCGACGCUGUGGGUGCGGGACCGCAUCCGGCUGACUUCAGCCCUGGUGGUGGAUCCGCUGUACCUGAAGCACGGCUACUCGGAUGCGGCCAUCGACUAUCGUCAUUGGGGAGUUCCACUCAGUCGGCGUUUUCGUUCGCUGAAGCUGUGGUUCGUGCUGCGAUCCUAUGGGAUUUCCGGGCUGCAGCAUUACAUACGUCACCAUAUCAAGCUGGCCAAGCGGUUCGAAGAGCUCGUGCUCAAAGAUAAGCGCUUCGAGAUCUGUAACCAAGUCAAGCUGGGCCUGGUCUGCUUUCGGCUGAAGGGCUCCGACAAGCUGAAUGAGAAGCUGCUGAGCAUAAUCAACGAGUCCGGCAAGCUGCACAUGGUUCCGGCCAGCGUGGGCGAUCGCUACAUCAUCCGGUUCUGCGCCGUGGCCCAGAACGCGACCGCUGAGGACAUUGACUACGCCUGGGACAUCAUCGUGGACUUUGCCAACGAGUUGCUGGAGAAGGAGCAGCACGAUGAGCUGUCCGAGAUCAUGAACCGCAAGAAGCAGGACACGCUGGCCCAGAAGCGCUCCUUCUUCGUGCGCAUGGUCAGCGAUCCGAAGAUCUACAACCCGGCGAUCAACAAGGCCGGCACACCCAAGCUCUCCAUGGAGCUGCCCUCGCCCGUGGUGAGCCGCGGCAGUGCCCCCAUUAUCCGGACCCAGAGUUCGGUGGACCACAACUCGUGGAUAUCCUGGCCGCUGGCAUUCCUCUUCAACAGCAACAACGAGGAAAAGGGCAGUAACGUCUCCUUGCGAUUCCGACAUCUGGACACCAACGUACGUCCAUCGUCGUCGCGACGAAACUCCGGAGCCGGCUCGUCACCCUCUCCGGAAAACGAGCUGGACUACGUGAACGUCCAGCAGCAGCAGCAGAUGGAGCAGCGAUCGCCACGACGAUCGCCCAUGGCGGUGCGCAAGGCAUCGUCCACGCGGGACAACCUCAACUAAUAAUAUUCACUCAGUUUAUGGAAACACUAUAAUACAGUAUUAGCGCUUCCUUAGGUCAGGCGCCUAGUUGAAUUCUAGACC